AUGUCACAACUUUUAAAUUUAGCACAAUUUUCCAACCUUUCGGAUAGAUUCAGUGUCGAAAGAAUCAAAUCAGAUUUUGCAUCAUUACAAUCAACAAUUUCCAAAUUACGUCCACCACAAGAAUUUUUUGAUUUUAGACGUGUCUCCAAACCCGCCAAUUUUGGUGAAAUUCAACAACGUGUUAGUUAUAAUUUAGGUUAUUUUUCCGCCAAUUAUUUAGCUAUUGUUGCUUGUUUGAGUAUUUAUGCACUUGUUACCAAUUUACUUUUAUUGUCUGUGUUGGGGUUUGUUAUAUUUGGAGUCUGGGCAAUUAAUCGAUUAGAAGGUGAAGAUUUUGUUACUCCUUUUGGUAGAUUAAACACAUCACAAUUGUAUACUGGGUUAUUGAUCGUUGCUGUUCCUUUAGGAUUUUUGGCUAGUCCUGUGUCUACUUUGAUGUGGUUGAUUGGACUGAGUAUUGUUGGAGUUGGUGCUCAUGCAUCAUUAAUGGAAAAACCAAUUGAAACUGUUUUUGAAGAUGAAGGGAUUGUCUAA